GGCCCCUCAACCCAACAUAUGAGCUUUUAUUUUGAGUGUUUCAAAGACUGUUGGAGAAGGGAGCAGCCAUGAAGCCCUCUCAAGCAGAAGUAUCGCCUCUCUCGUGUCAGCUGGGUCCUGGAACUCAUUUCCCUGGUAAAGAGGUCCUGCAUGGUAAGUCUGUGUUUCCUUCUCACCCAGCACAAUGCCUGGCAUAGAAUAUUAAAUAGUUAUGAAACAGUAUAAAGCAGGACUCUUCCAGCUCAAUCUUGAAGGGUAUGUUCAUUAUCUUGAUGGUGGUGAAGGUUACCACGGUUAUAGCAAAACUUAAAUUGCAAACUUUACAUAUGUACAGUUUAUUGUAUAUAUACCUCAAUUGAGCUGUUUUUUUUUUUUUAAAGUGGAGUGUGGACACUCCUGCGGGAGCCUCUCUGACCUUGAGGGAGGCAUCCUCUAAUCACUGCCCUCAGACAGCACAGGAGCACAUACAUGUCAUUCUGCUGAUCUCUGCUUCAGCCUGAAGGCUCCCUGAGGUCAACGCUGGGUAAAACCAGCUGGGGAUGGACCAUUGCCCUGACAGCAGAAGGUCUCGGCUGUACACUGGAGUCACUUGAGAAGAUUUAAAAAUCACUGAUGCCUGGGUCCCAUCCCAGAGCGCUUCAUUGGUCUAGAGCAUCCGGCUGGGUUAAGCUCCUCAAGUGAUUCGAAUGCGCAGGGGAGUUUGAGAAUCACUACUCUCAACCAGCGGCUUGGCUCCUUGAGGUCAAGCCCCAGAUCACAUCAUUUCCCAUUCCUUCCCCAGAGAUUCUAGAAACCAGGAAUCUAUUAUGCAUAAGAAGCUUCAGUGGCCUCUGAGCUUCCUUAUGGAGGAGGAGGUCAAUCGUCCAGGUGGCAUCAACACCAAAACAGCUUGAAACUUAAAUCUUUGGGGCAAUUUUACCCCUGAACUACCCACCACCCUCUUCCUUCUUCCUAGCCGCUGGGCAAAUUCUGCAGCCAGUAGGUGGUGCUGUCUCCUAUGGCUUGCAAAAACCCAACUUCCAGUGGGACAGCGGUUUUAAAAGCCUUGUUGGAAAUCAUUCACUUUUAAUGCAACAAUUCUAAAUAAUUCCCCCUUGACUUUUUCGUGGUCUUUUCAUUCCUUGCUCUUGUGCCAGGGAAACAUGAAUGUUAUCAGUUCACUCUUGUUGCACAUUUGCAUAAUUUUUACUGGAUCAUUAGAAUCAUACAUUGUUUCUUUCCAGUGGCCCUAUAAUAACUUAAGAAUUGAAGUAAUGUUAAUGUCAUCUUAAUGAUGCGUAAAAUUUGGUACAAUUAUUCAGAUAAUCAAUGUUUUAUUUAAUGGCUUUCCAAAAUAAAAAAGAAGAUAAAUCAAUUUGCAUUGAAAAAUUCAUCAUUUUAAGUUUAAAAAAAAUGCCACCAGUGGGAGAUUUCUAAGCUCAUCAGCGUUUAUGAGGUGAUCAAGGUCUGGCUGGAGUUUUUAGAGAAUGAGGUUGGGAAGAGCCCUGGGGCACAGUAUGGGGAGCUUUUCUUCAACCUCCAGGUUGUGACAUGUGUGCACUUUUAUUCAAAGACAAAGCUUGGAGCAAACUACAAAGGCUUCAUUAUUCCCGCAGGCUCAGUAACAUUUUCUGAGCCCACAAUCAGAACAUGUGGUCUAAUAAAAGAAUUCUCUCCUGCUUCCAGAUGACAGCCAGUUUGAAAAAACAACAAUAAUAAUAGUUAAUAUAUUAUGGGGUAUUUAAUAUAGGCCAGGCACAAUUCUUCCUUUCAUUCUCACAAUAAUUGUGAAGUAAUACUAUUAUUACCCUUGUUCAAUAGUUGGGGAAAUAGAGGCAAGAAACUUGCCCAAAGUUUUAUGGGUAGUAAUUAGCACAGCCCUCUGUCAUUUAAUGCCAAAAUAUUAACGUAUGUAGGAUAUUUCAAUGGUUCGUGGAGACGAUGAGACAUACAUUUGAAACUGAGAGUGUCCUAUAUUUACUAGGCCUGGUGCCAGAUCUUCCUGGAGUGUAUAGGUUAAUGGGCCUUUAUUACCCAAAAUGAAAAAUUCUGUCCUUACGUCAUUGUUCAGAUUUCAGAACAUAUUCUCUCCAUUAAAGUAAUUCAUCUAAAAUCAUCUGCAAAAUGCCUGCUGUGCAUUACCGAUGGCCCCAGCUGUGGCUGUGGCUUCCCUCUCUGUUUAGGUGAGGGGCCUCCAGUUUCUCUCUAAUGAAAAGUCUCUCCAUUCUCUCUCUGCCCAGCUGUGGUAUUCUUCCCAUAUGUGGUGACAGAGGAAUCCUUGAGGCUUCUUUCCUUAUGCUGGAAACAAUAACCUCCUGACAGGGUCCAAGGUCCCGCUGGGUUGACACUGAACACCUCCAACCCCCACCCCUGCUUAGUACCACCUUUAUCAGCCAGUCCUUCUCUGCUCCUGAGCUUCUGGAGAAAAACCCUCUGUCUUAUUUCUCUGGUAUGUAGAAGGUCCUCAACAAAACAAGAAAGAAUGAAGGCCCUAUUUCAGUGAAGUAACAUCCUCGAGCAAGGAAUAUCCUGGACUAUGGAAGCAAAGAAUAGAAUUAGGGCAAGACAAGAGAAGUCUCCAGAUUAUAAUAGGGUCGAUUGUCCAAAUGUCUAUUUGUAAUGUCACUUUUGAGGUAUUUUGUUUUUAAGCUUAGUCCAUAACAGAAAGCCUCUCUUAGCCAGCCCUAACCAACCAGCUUUACCAUUUUCUCGAGAGGAAUUAACUUAUACAAUACCCUCUAAGUUGUACAUAAUUCUUAUUCCAUAAUAGAAUGUCUAUCAUUUUAAACUAAUCUUUAAAAAUUUUCUAUUGUUAUUAUUCUAAGUCUCAAGCUUAAAACAAGACACACACCCCAGAAGGGUCAACACAAAUAGACAUUUGGACAGUGGACUGCAUUAUAGUCCAGAGACGUCUGUCCUUGCUCCUGGGUGCUCCUCAUGAGCCCUCUGCUCUCCUCUACGUGGCGAUCCAGGCUCCUUCCUGCUAUGGCUUCCUCAUUUUGAACAUGUUUCUCAAGGUCACACUGUACUCAUCUGCGUCAAUCUACUGGAAAGGGAAAAAGCAUGGAGGAUCACGCAAGAGAGAUUUUUAUGGGUCAGGUCUGGUGUUAAUACCUCUCAUUUUUUCCCACAUCACAUUGGCUUAGAACUUAGCCACAUAACUACACCCAACACACCCAGGGAGACAGAGGAAUAUAGGAGAGCUCCAUGUCCAGGAAGACCAGGAAAUGGGUGCUUUGUGAACAGCUAUCCCGUCUCUGGUCCUCUCCCUCCCUCUCCCUUACAACAUGAUGUCACCCUUCAAGAUUCUGCAUAAAUAUCACAAUUCCAUCCCUAACCUAGAGCAGUAUCUAGUACAGAGUAUACACUCAAUAAAUAUUUGUUAAAAAAAUGAGGCAUUCCACAAAUACUUUCUUUUAAAUUUAUUUUAUUGAAGUAUAGUUGAUUUACAAUGUUGGGUUAGUUUCUGCAGUACAGCAAACUGAUUCAGUUAUACACAUACAUAUAUAUUCUUUUUCAUAUUCUUUUCCAUUAUGGUUUGUUACAGGAUAUUGAAUAUAUUAAUAGUUCCCUAUGCUAUACAGUAGGACUUUGUUGUUUAUCCCCCAGAUGCUUAAGCGCCUACUCUCUUAAUUCUCAAUUAAGUCAGAGAGUCAGUUGUGCCAUAAGCAAGUAAUUUCAAAUUCAACUCAUCUGAUAGAGGAAGGACCGAGCCCUUUGAGAACAUGGAGGAAGACAUUCUAUGAAAAUCAGUUCUGGAAGGCUUGAGCUGGGUAUGGAACGAGGAGUCAAGUUUACUAGCUGGAAAGAGCAGGAACCAUGACCAUCUAUGGAGAAGAAACACGACGUGCAAAGGUCUCAACAUAUGCACUAGUGGAAGUGCCACCUCUUGUGAAGAAUGUCUGCUAAUCCACCCAAAAUGUGCCUGGUGCUCCAAAGAGGACUUCGGCAGCCUGCGGUCGGUCACCUCCCGGUGCGACUUCAAGGCAAACCUGGUCAGGAACGGCUGUGGCGGCGAGUUUGAGAGUCCGGUCAGCAGCACCCAGGUCCUUCGGAGCCUGCCUCUCAGCAGCAAGGGCUCCAGCCCCGCGGGGUCAGACGUCAUCCAGAUGACGCCGCAGGAGGUCACGGUGAACCUGCGGCCCGGUGACAAGACUACCUUCCAGCUGCAGGUUCGACAGGUGGAGGAUUAUCCAGUGGACUUGUACUACCUGAUGGACCUCUCUCUGUCCAUGAAGGAUGACUUGGACAACAUACGGAGCCUGGGCACCAAGCUUGCCGAGGAGAUGAGGAAGCUCACCAGCAACUUCCGCUUGGGGUUUGGGUCUUUUGUAGACAAGAACAUCUCUCCUUUCUCCUACACGGCACCGAGGUACCAGACCAACCCGUGCAUUGGUUACAAGCUAUUCCCAAACUGUGUCCCCUCCUUUGGGUUCCGCCAUCUGCUGCCUCUCACAGACAGAGUGGACAGCUUCAACGAGGAAGUUCGGAAGCAGAGGGUGUCCCGGAACCGCGAUGCCCCCGAGGGCGGCUUUGACGCAGUGCUCCAGGCGGCUGUCUGCAAGGAGAAGAUCGGCUGGCGAAAGGACGCGCUGCACCUGCUGGUGUUCACAACGGACGACGUGCCCCACAUCGCGCUGGACGGAAAGCUGGGGGGCCUGGUGCAGCCUCACGACGGCCAGUGCCACCUGAAUGAGGCCAACGAGUACACUGCCUCCAACCAGAUGGACUAUCCAUCCCUUGCCUUGCUUGGAGAGAAAUUGGCAGAAAACAACAUCAACCUCAUCUUUGCAGUGACAAAGAACCAUUAUAUGCUCUACAAGAAUUUUACAGCCCUGAUACCUGGAACAACGGUGGAGAUAUUACACGGAAACUCCAAAAAUAUAAUUCAACUGAUUAUCAAUGCAUACAACAGCAUCCGGUCUAAAGUGGAGCUGUCCGUCUGGGAUCAGCCUGAGGAUAUCAAUCUCUUUUUCACUGCUACCUGCCAGGACGGUGUAUCUUACCCUGGUCAGAGGAAGUGUGAAGGCCUGAAGAUCGGGGACACAGCAUCCUUUGAGGUGUCAGUGGAGGCCCGGAGCUGCCCGGGCAAACACGCGCAGCCCAUGUUCACCCUGCGGCCCGUGGGAUUCCGGGACAGCCUGGAGGUGGGGGUCACCUACGACUGCAGGUGCAGCUGCAGCGCAGGACUGGAGCCGGACAGCACCAGAUGCAGCGGCAACGGGACUUACGUCUGCGGCCUGUGUGAGUGCAACCCCAGCUACCUGGGCACCAGGUGCGAGUGCCAGGAAGGGGAGAGCCAGAGCGGGUACCAGAACUUGUGCCGAGAAGCGGAGGGCAAGCCCCUGUGCAGCGGACGCGGGCAGUGCAGCUGCAACCAGUGCGCCUGCUUCGAGAGCGAGUUUGGGAAGAUCUACGGGCCCUUCUGCGAGUGCGACAACUUCUCCUGUGCCAGGAACAAAGGAGUCCUCUGCUCAGGCCAUGGCGACUGUCACUGCGGAGAAUGCAAAUGCCACGCAGGUUACAUCGGGGACAACUGUAACUGCUCGACAGACAUCAGUACGUGCCAGGCCAGGGAUGGCCAGAUCUGCAGUGACCGCGGGCACUGUGUCUGUGGGCAGUGCCAGUGCACGGAGCCAGGGGCCUUUGGGGAGACGUGUGAGAAGUGCCCGACCUGCCUGGAUGCUUGCAGCACCAAGAGAGACUGUGUUGAGUGCUUGCUGCUUCACUCAGGGAGCUCAGCUGACAACCAGACCUGCCAGAACCUGUGCAAGGAUGAGGUGAUCACACGGGUGGACACCAUCGUGAAAGAUGACCAGGAGGCUGUGCUUUGUUUCUACAAAACUGCCAAGGAUUGUGUGAUGAUGUUCACGUAUGCAGAGCUCCCCAGUGGGAAGUCCAACUUGACAGUCCUCAGGGAGCCAGAGUGUGGAAGUGCCCCCAAUGCCAUGACCAUCCUCCUGGCCGUGGUCGGCAGCAUCAUCCUGAUCGGGCUUGCGCUCCUGGCCAUCUGGAAGUUGCUUGUCACCAUCCACGACCGGAGAGAGUUUGCGAAGUUCCAGAGUGAGCGAUCCAGGGCCCGCUAUGAAAUGGCUUCAAACCCUCUGUACAGAAAGCCCAUCUCCACGCACACCGUGGAUUUCACCUUCAACAAGUUCAACAAAUCCUACAAUGGAACAGUGGACUGAUGGCUCCUUCCCCUCAGGGGGCUGGAGGGGCACGCGGUCAACGGAGACGGACACGCUUUGGACAGCUGCUCGGCUUGAGCACGGUUCCCUGCACGGCCAAGCGCACAGACCUUCCGGUGAGCCUGGGCGAGGAGCCCACACAGGAAGGUGCCCGGCCGUACCACCUGGCCGCCCCUCCAAGCCCGGCGACAGCGCUCUAGGCUUUCCUCAGCACCUCCAGCUUGUCCCAAUGAACUGCUGAGAUGCAGGCCGCGUCUCCCCUCCGGGAGGGCUGGGCCUCCAGGCUGGCCGGAUGAGAAGGCUCUCGGGAGUGUCAGAGUGAGUAGAACCCACACAGUCUGGCUUCGCCUCUGUUGAUCAUCUUUAAAUGAACUAAAGUGACCGUGCAUCUCUGGUAUAGUUCCGACUCCUGAGAAUGACCUACCUGGUGUCUCUGCCUUGCACAUGGGUGUUGGUGAUGGGAUUACUGAGACGCCUGUUGAAGGCAUGUAGUUUGCAGAUGUCAACUUUCUUCCCCUGUCUGUGUGUGUUUAGUACUUUUGUAACAAAAAGGAAAGAGAUUUUUUUUGGGAUUGAAAGUAAAGAUUAAAACCAAAAGA